UGCUCUCUCUGUGUUUAGGUAAAUCCUGGAUCUCUGAUCUCCUUCUGGAUCUCAGUCUGAGAGUGUUGAACCAGCGACAGCCUCUUAAAUGCUGGUUUUCAUUUUCUGCAUGCUCCACUUGACUCGGAGCAGGCGGCGUGAGAGCAUCCUUCCUUCUCUCCGGGAGCUGGCCAGCUUCUCACUGCUGCAGGCUCUGCUGCAGCGCGGCGCAGCGCAGCGCAGCGCACCGGAGCAGGAGGGUGAAGGACGAGAUUACACAAACCGGAUUACACUCUGCAGCAUCGGGAGGCUUGAACAUGUCUCUGGGGAGUAAAAGACUCAGCGGGAUUGCUGCGUUUAUCGCCUCAGUGCUGCUCGGUUCUUGUGGGACAGAUGGAGAAGAAGUAUGUGACCAUCCACUGGUGUCCAAUCUGGCUCCAUCAUUGUUCAGAAGCUCCUCUCAGCUGUCCAGCAGUCAUGGGCCGGUCUUUGCAAAAGUCAACAGAAGAGAAGGAGCUGGCGGUUGGUCUCCUCUGCUGUCAGACAGAUACCAGUGGCUGGAAGUGGAUCUGCAGAGACGAACCCAGGUCACUGCAGUCGCAACACAGGGACGCUAUGGCAGCUCUGAUUGGCUGACGACAUACCUGCUGAUGUUCAGCGACACAGGGCACAACUGGAGACAGUACCGACAGGAGGACAGCUUAGGGGCUUUUCCGGGAAACAGCAACGCUGACACUGUGGUCCAACACAAGCUGGAACAGCCGGUGAUUGCUCGUUAUCUUCGCUUGAUCCCGCUGGACUGGAACCCCAGUGGGAGGAUUGGACUCAGAUUGGAAAUAUACGGCUGCAGAUACACUUCUGAUGUUGCGAGCUUUGAUGGCAGCAGCAGCUUUGUCUACAGACCGAGCGUGAGGGCAAGCUGGGCAUCGAUAGAGAUUAUUUCUCUGAAGUUUAAAACCAUGAAGAACUCAGGUGCGCUGCUGCACGCAAAGGGACAAGGAGACCACAGCCUAAAUAUGGUGCUGGAUAAAGGGAAGCUGCUGCUCUACCACCAACAAGAUGUGAGUUCAGCCUCUACUGGUAAACUUCUCAUUUCUCUGGGAAGUCUGCUGGAUGACCAACACUGGCACAGUGUUAAGCUGGAGCGGCUCAACACUCACCUCAAUCUGACUGUGGACAGAAACACACAGCAGGUCCACGUAUCAGCAGAGCUCAGCCACUGGCACAUUCAUACGCUGAGUGUGGGAGCUGUUCAGAGCCACGGGCUGCAGAAACCCAUCCUGUCCAACAGGAAUUUUGACGGGUGCCUGGAGAACCUGCUGUAUAACGAAAUCAAUCUGAUCAACCUGGUUAAGCAGAACAGCUCACAGGUCACUGCCGCGGGCAGGAUGACCUUUUCUUGCAGCGAGCCCGUUUCAGUCGCCGUGACGUUCACAGACUCUCACGGCUUCCUGCAGCUGCCUGGACUGGCGUCAUGGUCAUCGGGGCUCGUUUCUGUAACGCUACAGUUCAGGACAUGGAACAAGGCAGGGCUGCUCCUGACCUUUGCCCUCCAACAGCAAGAGGGCUCUCUCUUUCUGUACCUGAGUGAAACCAGACUUCGACUUCUGAUCAGUACAGCUGACAAGGUUCUCCUGGAGCUCAGCGCAGGCUCACGUCUAAAUGAUGGACAGUGGCAUUCUGUGGAGUUGACCUCCGAAGAGAAUCGUCUGAGCAUCACGGUGGACAGAGACGAAGGAGCCACGGCUCACACCAGCGUCCCACUCUCUCUAACCUCAGACAGUCAGCUCUUCUUUGGCGGUUGUCCUGAUCAGAAGUGCAGGAAUCCGUUCCGAGGGUUCCAGGGAUGUUUGCGCCUCGUGUCUCUGAACGACCAACCUGUCGACCUGAUUAAAGUGCAGAGGAGACUGCUGGGAAACUACAGUAACCUGCAGAUUGAUAUGUGUGGCAUCAUUGACAGGUGUUCCCCCAGCCACUGUGAACAUGGAGGUAGAUGCACUCAGUCUUGGAGCACGUUCCACUGUAACUGCUCCAACAGUGGCUACAGAGGAGCGACCUGCCACAGCUCUAAAUACGAACAGAACUGUGAGAUGUACAAACACAAAGGCAACGCCUCAGGACACUAUUACGUAGAUGUGGACGGGAGCGGACCAAUCAAACCUCAGCUCGUUUACUGUAACAUGACAGAGGACAAGACGUGGGUUGUGAUCCAACACAAUAACACGGAACUGACGAGUGUUCAGGCCUCUGCUGACAGAAACCAACUCUCUGCCCACUUUGACUAUUCUUCUGAGGAGGAGCAGCUAGCAGCUGUCAUUGUUCAGUCAGAUUAUUGUGAGCAGGAGCUGUCCUUCCACUGCAGGAGGUCCCGCCUCUUCAACACUCUGGAUGGUGCUCCGUUUAGCUGGUGGGUGGGCGGUCCAGGCUCGGGUCAGAUCCAGAACCACUGGGGAGGAGCUCUGCCCGGCAGCCGCCAGUGUGCAUGUGGUCUGCAGGACAACUGUCUGGACUCCAGUUUCUACUGCAACUGUGAUGCUGACUAUGACCAAUGGGCUGAUGACUCGGGCCUGCUUACCCAUAAGGACAACCUACCGGUCAGGUCUCUGGUGCUGGGUGACCUCCAGCGACCGAGAUCAAAAGCUGCCUACAAGGUGGGACCUCUGCGUUGUCAUGGAGACAAGAACUUCUGGAACGCUGCGUUUUUUGACAAGGAAACGUCCUAUCUUCACUUCCCAACGCUUCAAGGGGAGCUGAAUGCAGACAUCUCCUUUCUGUUCAAAACAACUUUCUCCUCUGGGGUCUUCCUUGAGAAUCUCGGCAUCAAGGAUUUCAUAAGAAUAGAACUCAGCUCUUCCACAGAAGUCGUCUUCUCAUUUGAUGUGGGGAACGGGCCUCUGGAGGUAAAAGUUGAAACCAGCUUCCCACUAAAUGACAACCAGUGGCACAGCGUGCGAGCCGAGCGAAACGUGAAGGAGGCUUUGCUACGAGUGGAUGAUCUUCCUGCCGUCGCACACGAAGCUCCUGCUGAUGGACUAAUUCAUCUUCAGCUGAACAGCCAGUUAUUUAUAGGAGGCACUGCAUCACGACAGAAAGGCUUUCUGGGCUGCAUCCGCUCUUUGCAGCUGAACGGAGUCACUCUGGACCUGGAGGAGAGGGCGGAGAUGACACCUGGAGUCCGACCCGGUUGCCCGGGUCACUGCAGUAGCUACGGCAGGUUCUGCCAGAACCAGGGACGCUGUGUGGAAAAAGCCAACGGCUUCUCCUGUGACUGCAGUCAGUCUGCCUACAGCGGAGCCUUUUGCCAUCACGAAGUUUCAGCCAGCUUUACAUCAACCACAUCCAUUACCUUUAUCAUCAAGGAGCCGUAUGAGCUGAGCAGAAACGGCAGCACCAUGCCCUCAUCCAUCUAUUCAGAUAUCACACUGAGAGGUGAAAACAUCUCCCUGAGCUUCAGGACCACUCAGAGUCCUGCCAUGUUGCUCUACAUCGGCUCCUUCUACAGAGAACACUUGAUCCUGCUCAUCAACAAACACGGUGAGCUGGAGGUUCGGUACAAGCUGCACAGCAGCAAGGAUGUGGAGGUGUUGAGCAGCAGAGUCAUGAACUUAGCCGACGGGCGUCUGCACACAGUGACUAUCAGGCGACAGGCAGACGCUGUGUCUGUUCAGGUUGACCAGAAUUCCAGAGAAGACUUCAACUUGACAUCCGAUGUGGAAUUCAACGGCAUCAAAUCGGUCACGCUGGGCAGCAUACGGGAGUCUGAAGAUCUGGACUCAGAGCUGCCCGGGUUGGCCUCUCUUGGGUUCACUGGCUGCCUGUCAGGCGUUCGAUUUAACUCCAUCUGUCCUCUGAAAUCAGCUCUGCUCCAUCCUGACAGCCGUGUGAUUGUCACCGGCUCACUGGUACAAUCAAGCUGUGCUUCUUCCUCUCAAGCUGAUCCCUACGCAGCAGAAACCACACACUCCUUAUCGGACCAGCCUCGCUCUGCGGAUGCAGGUCAGCCUUUGGUCAACGCCAUCAGGAGCGACUCAGCUCUAAUUGGAGGUGUGAUAGCAGUGGUGAUUUUCAUCACAAUCUGUGCAUUCGCAAUCAUGGCCAGAUUCAUCUGCGUAAGGAAAGAGACGUUUCGGAACCAGGAAGUGAAGUCAUCGCAACCUGAGGACGACCACGAGUUCCCGUUCAGCAGCCAGGCAGACUCUCUGAGUGUUCCCAGUGAAAACCAAAAGGAGUUUUUCAUUUAAUGUCGACUCUAAAUGACCUGAAAGGACAGAGCGGGAGGAAUUACCAAUCAGUGCUUUACCUAUUCCCUUUUCUUUUUGUAAAUAAAAGAGUUUGCUCAAAGGACGCGCUGAUGUGUUUGACUCCUACUAAACUUCAGUGCUGUCACUUUGAGGAUUUAAAUAUUCAGAAAUGUACAGUUUGUGGUUUUUGUGUGCUUCAGAUUUAUUUCUCUUCCAUUCUGAACUGUUACAGCUUAGUAGAGAAUCAGUGGUGAAUAGAAGUUUUAUUUACAGCCUUUCAGCUUAAUUUACAUGAACUUUUCUAUGAAGGCGACAAACCUUUAAAACCUGAGAAAUCUGAGAUUGUAGAGCCAUAAAAAAAGAUGGAUUCAACUUGACUACUGAUUAUGCAAGAUUUACCUGGAACAUCCCAGCUAAAGCACACACCCACAAUCACAAUGAACCCGUCUGUUAUACGUGAAGGCGAAUUUAAAAUCUGCUGUAAAUAUGAAUACCAAUUAAAGUUGUUCUAAAACUUUA